AUGCCUGCCACCGUCCUUCCUCCCGUCCCCCAUUAUGUGCCUGCUCCCCAGACGAAGGAACCUUUGGAAUAUGCAGACCUGACUAUUAUAGAUUUGUCGAAGGCGGACACGUAUGAAGGGCGGACGAAGCUCGCGGUACAGCUUCGAGAUGCAAUGGUCACGCAAGGCUUCUUCUACGUGAUCAAUCACGGGCUCACUCAGGCUCAGAACGAGCGCAUCUUUGACGUCGCUGACAUACCCUUCUCGGCUGUAUCAGACGAAGAGAAAAGGACCUACGUGGCCAAUAUCAAAGCCACGGGGUCGUACCAAGGAUAUAAACCCAGACAAUACUGGCAUAUCGACGCUGGUGUCCACGACCAGAUAGAGCAUUAUAACAUCAACCGCGAUGUCACGAAGAAGCUACAUCCGCAAGCGUUGCGGCCUCUCAUACCUGAAAUAGAGGCAUUUGCAAAGUUCAACCACUUUCACGUCUUACAUCCUCUACUCAGGCUGUUCGCGCUCGGUCUCGAACUGCCAGAGGACACCUUCGUCAACAUCCACGAAUAUGAUGCAGCCGGCGAAUCGUAUGUCCGAUUCAUGAAAUACUAUCCCAGGACCCAAGAUGAAGAGACGAAGACGAAGAAUGUGUGGUUAAAGGGACACACGGACUUUGGGAGCGUCAGCAUACUCUGGAGCCAGCCCGUCGCUUCACUGCAAAUUCUUUCUCCAGAUGGCAAGUGGAAGAACAUCAAGCACAUAGAUAAUGCCCUGGUGGUCAACGCGGGCGACGCGAUGGACUUCCUGUCUGGAGGUUUCUACAAGGGUACCGUCCACCGCGUCAUUCAGCCUCCUCCCGAUCAGCAGGGCUACACCCGCCUGGGCGUUUUCUACUUUUGCAUGCCGAAUGACGACACCAAAUUGUCCCCUUCGCCGAGAGCCCGGUCCUGCAGAGGAAGCAGGACGAGCGCGUAUGGGCAGACAGAGCUGAAGGCGAAGGAGAAGGGUGUCGAGGAAGAGAUCAUAAACGGGGUGGUCGUGAAGCAUUGGAACUAG